AACAAAACAUGUAUGGGUCUCGGUGUUUCCCCGGACUCUGAAACGCAACACUGGAGUGUGUCGCGCUCAAACCGCUCCGGGGGAAGUUGGUAGCCAGCAGGUUUGUGCGUAUGUUUAUUUGAGGUGAUGCAACAUUAUAUUAAUAGCGGUGCGUUGUUGUAAUGUCUUGGCAGAUGUACUGACUGUGGGACGUGAGGUUUUCUGUGGUUGGUGUCGCUGUCGUUGACAUUUUAUCGUCACGCUCCUUCCCUCAGUUAGCUGGCGCUGUUACUUGGACCCGCUUCCUCUUUCUCAUUAGUCUCUCUCACGUCGUAAAGUCACUCUAGACAUUAAUGAAACCACAGAUAACAUGCGACAACUCUAACAGACCAGACUAGAUGUCGUGACUCUCACCUGUAGACGGCAUCAGGUGCUCUAUCCUGAGCCUGACGGCAGAGCAGGAUGUCAAACACUUGGAACCAGUCCUGUCUGAUGGGAGCAGAGGACACGCUCUCCUUCCUGGUGUGUGUGUUCCAUGCAUUGGAGGAAUGGGCCGGUCUCGGUCAGGUGGAGGACUACCUGAGUGUGUUGGAGUACCUGCUGUGGGUCUUCACUCCUCUGGCUAUUGUCUUCAUCUUGCCAUUUCUCAUCGUCAUCUUGCUUUACCUGUCUAUACUCUUCCUUCACGUCUAUAAGAGGAAGAAUCAGCUGAGGGAAGCUUACUGCAACAACCUGUGGGAUGGAGCCAGGAAGACGCUGGCUACUCUGUGGGACGGACAUGGAGCCAUAUGGCAUGGCUAUGAGAUCCAUGGACUGGAGAAAAUCCCUGAUGAAGGACCAGCACUCAUCGUUUAUUAUCAUGGAGCCAUUCCCAUCGACUACUACUACUUCCUGGCCACUCUUAUCAUCCAGAAGGGGCGGACGUGUCACUCUGUCGCUGACCACUUCCUCUUCAAGAUUCCAGGGUUCAAGUUACUUUUGGAAGUUUUCAGUGUGAUCCAUGGUCCUCAGGAAGAGUGUGUGCGGGCUCUGAGGAAUGGUCACCUGUUGGGCAUUUCUCCAGGAGGAGUGCGGGAGGCCCUGCUCAGCGAUGAGACCUACCCUCUUCUCUGGGGCAAACGCAAAGGCUUUGCCCAAGUUGCCAUUGACUCUCAAGUGCCAGUCAUUCCAAUGUUUACACAGAAUGUGCGGGAAGGCUUCAGGUCUCUGGGAACGCUCAGUUUUUUCCGCUGGCUGUAUGAGAGGUUCCGUCUCCCUGUAGCCCCCAUCUAUGGUGGAUUUCCUGUGAAAUUCCGGACCUUCCUUGGGGAUCCAAUCCCAUAUGACCCCAACAUAAAUGCUGCAGAGCUGUCAGAAAAGGUGCAGCAGGCAGUCCAGUCUCUGAUAAACCAGCACCAGCGGAUCCCAGGAAACAUCCUGAGAGCCUUGUUGGAGAGAUUCCAAUUGAAACCUAAAGGUCAUUAACAUCAGCAGUACAGUGUGUGUCACACCGGCUCAGGGUGUGUGUUCACUGCUUUCUCACCUGCUGAAGUUCUUUUUAAAUGUGUAUUUGUGCUUUACUUUGACUCCCUGACACCUGAUUAUGUCCAGGAUGAAUCCCAACGUUGUGAUAUUUGACUAUGUUACCACUGAAAUAAUAAAUUAAAAGAUAGCUAUUUUUUAUUUUACACAAUCAUAUCCUAUUUUUUUGUUUUUUUGACAUGAUGUGAUUGGUCAUAGCCAUUCUCAGUCAUUACAUCUAUUUAUUGAAAAGUGUUAGACACACUUGCUGAGAAUCUUAAUGUGGAUUAGUCAUUUAGUUGUUUCCAUCACUGUCCAUGUUUGUGAAGUGUGGUGCCUGUGCACACUGUUGCAUAUAACUGUAAACUGUUGGAGCACUUUGAAUGUACACAUCUUCAGUUUCACUUAAUGCCCAGCAAACAGUGGUUGGUACACACACACACACACACACACACACUGGUGUCCGGCUGCAGGUUAGACCGGUGUCUAUCCAGGCAGAGUGGAAAGUGAUGAAUGUUACCACGGUAACGUGGAGGAGACUGACCUCAGGUUACAGCAGGACAGUAACAGGAUGUAGAUGAGAUUAACUUCAGUUUUUUCCUAUAAUGUAUUUAUUGUAUGGAUAAAUGAAGGAUUUUCAGGUCUUUACUUGAAAUUGUAAUUUCUUCAAAUGGAUUCUGGUGUGGUUAAUGUUAGUUCUUUGAGUGUGACAUUUGUGUAAGUAAAGACAAUUGUGAGGAGUGAUCAGACAAUACAUGAUAUUAUCGUGAUGAAAAGCACUUACAAUAAGUCAACCACAAUGAAAGAAAAAAAAAACAUACAGUACUUGUGAUUUAUUUGUUCAUGUGCUAUUGUCCCAUGCCUAGUAUGAGGUUCUGACAAUGAGUCCAACAGUAAAGCUGAUACUAAGUUUUCUUACUAUCGUUUGUGAAGACACAAAUAGUGUUGUAUAAAAUGACAAAAUAUUCUUCCACACAUUCUAAUGCAGUGCCCUCCUAUAGUAUUGGAACAGUGAGGCCGAUUCCUUUAUUUUUGCCAUAGACUAAAAACAUUUGGGUUUGACAUCAAAAGAUGAAUAUGAGCUUUUUCAGCUUUUACUUCCAGGUAUUUACGUCUGAUCUGAUACACAACAUAGAAGAUGGCACCUUUAGUUUGAACCCACCCAUUUGUCAUGUGAGCAAAAGUAUUGGAACAUGUGACUGACAGGUGUGUUGUGUUGCCCAGGUGUGUCAUAUUACAUUCUUUAUUCAAACAAUAAAUAGCACUGAAUGUCUACGCUCAGUAUCAGAUCGGGUAGGACAUGUUUUGCAUGCAGACUGCAUUUAAAAGUGGAACCAACAUGAAAACCAAAGAGCUGUCUACGGGUGAAAAACAAGAGAGAAGAUGGGAAAUCGAUCAGAGACCAGCCAAAUAUUAGCCAUAGCCAGUACAAGCAUUUGGAAUGUCCUGAAGAAGAAAGAAACCACUGGUGUACUAAGCAACACAUGUCCAACAGGUAGACCAAGGAAAACCUCAGAAACAUUGUGAGAGCUGUAAAGAAAGAGCCUAAAACAACUGUUAGUGACAUCAGCAACAACCUCCAGAGAGCAGGAGUGAAGGUAUCACAGAAGACUUCAUGAACAAACACACAGAGGCUACACCAGAAGAUACAAACUACUCAUUAGCAUGAAGAAUAGGAAGACCAGGCUGGAAUUUGCCAAAAAGUACAGAGACGAGCCUCAAACAUUCUGGGACAAAGUUUUAUGGACUGAUGAGACAAAGAUGAACUUUUACCAAAGUGAUGGAAAGACUCCCAAACAGUCAAGCUCAUCUGUGAAACACGGUGGAGGUCAUGUCAUGAUGGCUUCUUCUGAGAUGGGCUCAUUCAUCUUCAUUGAUGAUGUAACACAUGAUGGCAGCAGCAACAUGAACUCAGAAGUCUACAGAAACAUUUGUCUGCCAAUUUAAAGAUGAGUGGGAGAUCCUUCACCAUGCAGCGAGAUAACGACACACACACCAAGGAGUUCAUCACAAGGUCUUAGACUGGCCAAGUCACUGUCCACACUUAAGCCCUAUAGAGCUGCAUCUGACCUGCUAAAGAGGAGACUGAAGGGAAUACAGCCCCAAAACAAACAACAACUGAAAGAGGCUGCAGUGAAAGCCUGGAAGAGCAUCACGGCAGAAGAAUGCAAAGGUUUGGUGAUGUCAGUGAGUCACAGGCUUGAUGCACUUAUUGAAAUCUAAGGAUUUGCAACUAAAUAUUAAGUCUUAUUCACUUUAAUCCUUUUUAAGUCUGUCUGUUCCAAUACUUUUGCUCACAUGAAAAAUGUUGCGAUCCAUUACAAAUAAUGCCAUCUUCUAUAUUGUGUCAGAUCAGAUGUAAAUACCUGGAAGUAAAAGAUGAAAUAUUCAUCUCGUGUCUCAUAUUCUUCUUUUGAUGUCAACGCCCAAAUGUGUUCAUUCUACGGCAGAAAUAAAGGAGUUGGCCUCACUGUUCCUAUACGACAGGAGGGCACUGUAUAAAUCAGCUCCUUGACUUACAGUCAGUUGUUAAGGGGAAACUUGGACUUUGUAAGGUAACGUUUACCAACAUUUACAACGUGGCCUAAAAGAAAGAAGGCAUGGUGAGGAGACAAUAUUCAGACUUAGACGCCUGACUGUGACCGUACAUGUUUAGUAUAUUUAAUUACCCUUAGAAUGAACCAAAUCACUAAAUCCAUGCUUUAGACAUGAUGAAUUCUAGUCUUUCAGUUGCAUAUGUUGCACUAAAAUAAGUUAUUAAACAUGAGACAACAUAAACAUUUCCCCUCAGGGUUAUCCAGACCAAAAUAAUGACUGAAAAAACAGAAGCAUUACAGAUGGGAUCAAAUAAUUCAUGUUAUUGGAUCAUAAUAACAAUAAUAAUAAGUCAUGAGGAAAGAUGCAGCACCCCAUUGUGGCACAUUUAAAAAAGAAUGUAUGUGUUUUUUAUCACUGUACUCAAACAAAAUGUUGUAUGUCAGAUGGUAGUGAUGAUGAUAAUGAUGCUGCUACUCACAACUGUCUUAAAACCAAAAUCACUUGCUUGAACAUGGCUGUUAAUUAUGGACUCGAAGGAAACACUGUGUGUUUGUUCCUCAGGGUUUUUUUAUCUUCUUGUUUUAGAAUAACAUCAGAAACUCGUCUGUCUGUGAGUUUCCAGCUUCUCAACUGAUGGUGGAGUAGUGGUUACCUCACAGUGAGAAGCUUUGCAUGAUCCUCCUCUGUGUGCAUGUGGCCUUCCUCCCGUCUCCUCCCACAUGCAGAGGUGAACUCUAAAGUGAUUAUUGGUCUUUGUGUGUUUGCCAUGUGAUGGACUCAUGACUUCUCCAGGGUGUGGACACCAUGUGGCCCUCGUGUGGUGGAUACAGCAAUAGAUGAUGAAUGUAUGAAUGGCCGUUGCCAUGAUGCUUGUCAGUAAUGACCAGAAAUGGUCAAGUGUGUUUACUUGGUUCUGACCUGAAGGACAUGUUCAUUUGCUGAUUCAUGCAUUUGUUUUGUUUUUUCUCAGACAAAAAACUUUUUUUUAACUUUAAAAAAAUGUAUGUAGUCCCAUUUUUUGGCAUUAAUGCCAAUGUUGCUUACUCCCAUCUUUAAUAUUCAGAUAUUGUGUAAGAAGUACGAGAAAUCAGUCUAAAGUGAUCUGACAGUGACUUUCGGUACUGUAUCACUGUAAAGCCGAGGUUUCAAACUCACAGCCUGUGAUUAUUAUUACCAUUAUUAUUAUUUUCAUCAUCAUCAUUAAUAUUAUUAUUGUUAUUAUUAUUAUUAUUAUUAUUAUUAUUAUAAUAAUAAUAAUAAUAACAACAAUAAUAAUAAUAGUAACAAAGCUUAAAUGAAUCACAGUUUGAAAUGUAUUCAACAUAAAAUGAUACAUAUAUUAGGGCUGUCAACCGAUUAAAAAAAAAAGAACUAAUUAAUCGCACAAUUUUCUGUAAUUCACGAAAAUAAACCUGAAGCUUAUUACAGAAAUGUAUUUAUAUAAAAUCAUGAAAUGAAUGUAGAAUCAACCAAAAAAAGUAUAUUUAAAUUAAUUUCUUUAAUUAGUGGACACUGAAAGAGACAAACACACACACACAAGUCAGGGAGGGCAAGAGAGAAAACACAAACUCACACAGAGAGAAAGACGGAGAGAUAAACAGCACGUGCACACACACACACACACACUUUAGUUUUAUAUACAUAUAUGUGUAUAUAUAUUUUUUAUACAGUACUGUGCAGAAAUCUUAGGCCACCAUUAGAUUUGUUGUUUUAGCAAUGCUAUAACGACAAUAGAGGAUCAUUAUUUCUAUUCCCCUUUACUGGAACACUUCCAGAAAAUAUGUAUGCAGUUUUUUGUUUUACAAAAACAAACAAAAAAACAUCCUCUACAGGUGUCAGGUAUUUAGAGUGAUCUACCCUUACACUUGAACAAUAACACAGCUCUGUUAAUACUGGAGUGGAACCUUAAUUAAUGUUACUGGUAAAUCCUGUUUUUGUUCUAUUAUUUCAUUUAAAGAAAUAUCUGCUGUAAAAGACGUCUAUUACGGCAGGUUUAUUCAAGACAUAAUUGAGCAUGACAUACAAAUGUUGCAUGAGUUCAACUCAUUGACGGCUCGCUAAUAUAUAAGACCAGCUUUAAGUCACAUCACUUCAUUCCAAAUUCCAGUGUUCCUGUUGCACAGUACUGUAUAUAUAUAUAUAUAUAUAUA